AUGAGUAAUAGUUUAGCAAAAAAAUUCGAUAAAAUUGUUUCAAAAUUAGCUAAUAAUAAAUCAAAAGAUAUCAAAUUAAAUGAACAUGAUCUUACUGAUUAUAGUUAUUAUCAUGAUGAUACACCAACAAAUGGAAAUGAAGAAUUACAACAGGAAAAAUUUAUACAACGAAUAAAAUAUCAUCUUGGACAUACAAAUAAAACUGAACAUAAUCAACAGUCAGAAGGUAUGUCAUCAAAUCAUAUUAUAUUUAAUGAUCUAAAAGAUUUAAUUAUUAAGAGAAUGUUAUAUGACUUUUUUUUUAUUACUACUACUAUUUGUAUAUACGUGAUAUAUUUGAAUAAGUAAAACAGAAAUUUUUUUUUUUUCCCUUUUUUUCAUCUACUUAUGACUCGAUAUAUAUAUUGUUUUAUGAGUACUAUGUUUCAAUUGAGAAUACGUAUGUUUUUUUAUAUAUUUAUUUCGUCACAUACUUGAUAUUGUAAUGUCUCCCUACUUGUCGAUUCAACUGUAUAAUAUCAAGAGAAAAUACGUAUGAAUUCCAUUGAUAGUUUAGAAGAAAAAAAACAAACUAACUAAUAGUAUAUACAGCAAAAAAAAAAAAGACGUACAUUGAUAAAACAGUCGAUUGAUAACAUUCUUGUCUAUAUUCAUAUAUACAAUGUCAAGUAGUCAUCGUUUUCGUACUUAUAUGAUUAUCCAUCGACAAGUUGAUGAACGAUUUAAGCGUUUACAACAAAACGAUCGUGCUCAUUGUAAGUGAUUGAAUAGAUUGAUUUAUUCUUAUAUGGUUCAUGCUAAAAGGCAUAAAUUAAUACACAGGAAGUCAACUACUUAGUAUGUGUCAAGUAUCAUUGACGUACUUUCUUAUUAUUUGUUUGUUUUUUGCUAGUAAAAAAAAGUCAAAUUAUGAGGCAUCGUGUCCUGUAAUUUUGAACUUAACUUUAUAUAACAUAGAAAAAUUGACAUACGAUGAUAUUUUCAGGUCGACAAGACAUUCUUCUUCGUUUUCUUUAUUAUCGAUUUUGUUUAUAGUGUAGGGGUGUACCAUACUUGUAGAAACAGAACAAUAAAAUAAAGAAGCCAUUGAAUUAAUUCUGACGGAUACAAUAUAAUUAAAAAAGUCGCCGUAGAAGAAAAGAGAGGUAUCACGUUUUAUUUCUUUUUUUAUUUCUUUCUCAUCUAACCCUGUUAAAAUGCACAAUAAUAACAUUGGCACAUAUUUCAAUGAAAAAGAAAAUAAUAAAAUUUUUCUUUUUCGUUGUUUCAUUUGUUUUUUUGAUUAGUAUGUAUAAUUUUCAUAAUAUUUUACUCUUAGAAAAAAAAAAAGUAUCCGUCCUUACAGUAAGUGCACUUAGUUGUCUAGUUUUUUUUUUCACCAUUAAUCGUUUAGAUUCUAUAGACGAAAGAUCUUUUUUAGACGAACUAGCGUUUUUUUUCCGUUCUUAUGUUGCUUGUUCAAUUAAAUCGGAGUAAAAAGCAUAUGCGUGUAUAAGUCUUUCUAUAGGAUUGAGUGAUGUUUAGUAGUACUACAUUAUCGUGCAAUAGGGAGAGAGAAAUGAUGAUGUAGGGAACACGAACUAUGUCUCAUAGUAUUACUGAUGUUCUUGCUGAUCACAUUAGGAGUAAAGUAGUGAAGUAUUUGACGAGAAAUACUUACACAUAUUGUCGCUUUAAGCAAUUUAUAUUUAAAAAGUUCGUUAGGCGACGUUUUCUUUUUUUUUUUCUUCUUAUCUUCUCUAUUUUAACCGUUUAUUAUUCUAUUACGAGAAAUAAUAACGAAAUAGAUAAAUUUUUAGAACUAUGAUUUAUCGAAGUAUAGAUUGUUUCUUUAUGUAAGUUAACUAAAUUAAUUAUAAAAACGAGAAGUUUUUAUUUUAUUUUAUUUUAUUUUUUCCGAUAAUCAGUCUAGCUUGAGUAGACAAAAAUACAUUCAUCAUUUCCACAUUUUCUAAUAUUAUUUUUAUUUCCUUGUCACAUUUGCAUUUCAAAGUAUCUUUAUGAUAAUGUUCAUUUCUUAUCUAGUUAAAAAUAAAAAGAAAGACUCUAAUAUACAUAAAUGUAUGUGCGAGAAAAAUGAUUUAUGAUAUUUUUUUUUUAUAUCAAAGAGAAAAUUUUUCGUCUUUUUACCUUUUCUUACGUAUUCGAAUAAGAAAAUCAAUGUC